AAGUGUGUGCGUGUGUGUAAAAAAGGCAUGACAAUUAUUAUUUUGAAUAAAUGUCGAUCAAAUUUCAUUCGAUUACAAGCGAAUAUACGACGAAGACAAAAAUGUUUGUCAAAUUCAAUCGAUAAUCAUCAUAUCCAUCAUGAUGGUGAACGACGAAUAUCUACUGGCAUCAUCAAUUUUCAUCGUUAUCAUCAUUCAUCUAUAAUAAAUCAUAUGAUUAAUAAAAAUUUGAAUGAUCAUUCGUAUGCCAAACGUGAUUACCAUCACCAUCAUCAUGUGGUGGAUCAACAAUGCCAAAUUAGAGGACGAUUAUAUCGUUGGAAUGAAGUCCUAUUUAGUUCAACAUUCAAUGAAAUUGUUCGUCUUGAUUCGGCAAUUGUUGAUGAUAUUACGCAAUAUAGUCUGUUUCGUGAAAAGAAUUUUAUUAAAUCAUUCGAUAAAGGAUUCUUUUCAUUGAUGCCAUUCGUCGUUCGAUCAUUAGAACGUUUGAACGAUUUAGUUAAUCAACAUAUGUAUCAGCUUGGUGCACAGAAAGUUCAAAUGCCAUCAAUUGUUGGCAAACAUUUAUGGUUACGAUCCGAACGUUGGCAAUUAUCUGGUCAGGAGAUAUUUCGUGUAAAAGAUCGUCAUCAAAUGGAAUAUUGUCUUGCUCCAACACAUGAAGAAGUGGUUACACAAAUAUUGGCCUCAUGUAAUCAAUUAUCCCAUCGACAAUUACCCAUUUAUUUAUAUCAAAUAUCACCAAAAUAUCGUGAUGAAUUACGGACAAAAUUCGGUUUGCUUCGUGCACGAGAAUUCAUCAUGAAAGAUUUAUAUACAUUCGAUAAGGAUGAAGAUACGGCCAAACAAACGUAUCAGAUGGUCAGUUCAAUGUAUGAGAAUUUAUUCCGGUUAUUAGAAUUACCAGUGAUUAAAACUGUUGGAUCGGUUGGUACUAUUGGUGGAAAACAUUCACAUGAAUUUUUGCUUGCAACCAAUCUCGGUGAAGAUGAAAUGUAUACCUGUUUAGAUUGUUCUGAAUCAUUCAAUGCCGAAUUAUUAGCUGAUAUGGAUGACCAACAACAACCACAUUGUCUAAAUUGUAAAAGUCAUAAUUUAACAUCGAAACAACGUGCAUUAGAAUUGGGCCAUUCAUUUUUAUUAUCCGAUCGAUAUUCUAGCCGUAUGGGAGCCAUAUAUUUAGCUGAACAUUCAAAUAAACAAAUAGCACUACAAAUGGGAUGCUAUGGAUUGGGCAUUAGCCGUAUAUUGGCCGCAUCGGUCGAAUAUCUAUCCUGUAAAUAUCAACAAUCAUUAUCAUCGGAUUCCGAUUCCUCAUCUACCAAUUCUUUAUCAUCACAAUCUACAUCGACACUAUAUGAUUCAGCAUCAAAUUCCUUAUUUCUUCGAUGGCCAAAAUUAAUUGUACCUUUCAAAGUUUGCUUAAUAUUACCGAAACGUGAUAGUAAAGAAGAUCAUGGAAAGGGUACAGAAUUUUCUAUGCAUUUAGCCAAUGUUAUCCGUAACCGAUUCGGAGAGGAUAUUCUCAUUGAUGAUCGUUCUAAUCUUACCAUUGGUAAACGAUUAUUAACAGCUAAAACGAUUGGUAUACCAUUCAUAUUGGUUGCUGGUCGUAAUAUAAUCGAUGUACGACCGAAAUUUGAAAUGUUUGACAUGUAUAUUGAAGAUGAUAAUGUCAAUAAUCCAGUGAAUGCUAAACAAGGCCGCCUAAUGACGCAGGCGGAAAUUCUUGACUAUCUUAAAAUUCAUCUAAAACAUUUUCGAUUGAAUCAAGAAUAAAUUUUAAUUUUUUUUUUAGUAA